AAGGCGUGCCGUGUUCUUCAGUCGCCGCAGUCCAGCAGUGGUGACCCACCGAGCUGGCCAGGCUCAUGGCGACGGCACCGGUCAAGCCGCGACCCGGCGGGACUCGAGCACAGUUACCGCCCUGCUACUACGAGGGGUAUCUCGAGAAACGAGGACCCAAGGAAAAGGUCUCGCGGCGUCUGUGGACAUGCUUGUGUGGCAACACGUUAUAUUUCUUCAACAAUGCCAAGGACACACAUUAUGUGGAGAAGCUGGAUCUGAGUGGGUUUGUGUCUCUGAUUGAUGACUGCAGUCGAGACAGGAAUCUGGAGGCGGCCAGACUGAACCUGCGCAUGAAAGAUGGAGAGAUCAAACUCACAGCUCCCAACCUGGAGGCACGCGAGUUGUGGAAAGGAUUCCUCUAUUCUGUAGUGGAUUUGGCAGUGCCCACAACUCUCACCCUGCUACCAGGGCAGCUGCACAUGCUGAAGGAAGUGGUGGAAAAAGAGAGGCAGAGACGAAAACGCUCGCUCUCCAGAGCACCCUCCUCCCCCCUCUCUCUGCCUCUGGUGGGGGAGAUCCCUGCGUGUUUCAGGCCUGUCUCUCGUACAGAAGCAGAAGUGCUGUUAGAGAGGCAUCCGGACUGUGGGAACAUGCUGCUGAGGCCAGGAAGAGACGGGACGUCCCUUGCUGUCACUACACGACAAGACCUCAAUGGCUCAGUCUUUAGACACUACCGGGUGACCCAGAAGCAACAGGGCGGUUACAUCAUUGAUGUAGAAAACCCGAUACCAUGUCCAACCCUGCAUGAUGUCAUCAACGCUCUGGUAGAGAAGACCGCGGGAACUCUUCAGCCUUUUCUACUGGAGGAGCCUUAUGAAGAAAAUAUCACGUAUAUUUCCUCUAAUGAUGAGAACGGAGAGCGAACUCUGCACUGCGCACCUACAAGCACUUUCUCCAGAGGACCCGCACUUCCCCCCAAAGGGCCAGAGAGAUGGACAUUGAGGUCACAGACUAAAUCUCCUAGCCCGUCCCACAGAUCAUUAAGUCCUCCAGGUUCCCCAUCCAGCCCAAUGAGACGUCUUGUGCUCUCUCCAUCACCACUGACACAGACAGCUUUCACUGAAGAGCUAAAACAGAAGCUAGAGAAGAGGCGCACCAGUCAAGACUGACUUCUCCUCAAAAAUCAGCAGCCAGCUGUCUGAUUCUGCCAGUGCCUUGUUUGAAUCAAGCUUGUCCAUUGAAGUUGCAGCUGUGGAAGCAGAAUCUAAUUUUCAUGGUGCGUCAUUACCAAGUUGAGGAUCGACUACAGGAACUUACUGUGGACCAAUUUGAGCCUGAUUGCAUCAAACAUGCCUUUCUCCUCAGGUUUUCACCUGCUUCCUCCCACCUCAGAGAGGCAGUCGAUCAACAUCUUCUCUUGCCAAGACACAAGCACAUCAAAGCAGCCUUACACUGAGAGACUAUACUGAAUCACUACUGAUUACAAAGAAGCACUGACUGUACAGUAACGUAUGUUCUGCUGUUCUGAUUUAACUGCUAUACGUGUUCAGUAGGCUUCCAUAGAGUUAGAAUGACGUCACUUCUGUGGUUCCCUGAGUGUCCUGAAGAUGUCAGCGUUUUAAAGACAACCCUUACGUUUUCAAAUCGUUGGAUGCAUUCUGUAACCAGCAGGUGAAAGACCAAAAUCUGAAAUGUUAUGCUCAGAAUAGAACAAAACAACAAUGAAGAGGAACUGUCAGACUGGGAAAUUGAUUAUAAUGUUUCCGUAGAGAGUCAAGUGUUUGUAUUUGUGCUCCAGGUUGACUAACUAAACUGUGGUUGUCAUUACUGGUUUGUCUAAUGAACGUGCAUGGUGCUACUGUUUGUAGAUAUUUGAAUUCAUGUGAGUAUCGCUGUUGAAUUUUGUUGUAUUUAUUGGAAUUAAAUGGAUGAUUUUUCACUAAGGCCAGCAGUCUUUUACACCCAGUGUAAACUGAGUCAGUUGUCAGUGCAGGACACUCAAAUAUAAAAUUACUGGUGUGGAUCUAAA